AUCGUCGGUUUCAAUGGAAGCAGCAGCGAUGUCCUUCACUCCAUCGACGUUCACUUUGGCCCCAUAGUCGCCGCCGGAACCGGAUCCGGAACGGGACCGGGAGCCGGUGGAGCGGAAAAAGUGGAAGCACAAGGAGGAAAAGGAGGCAAUGGAUGGGAUGACGGAGCGAAUCACGACGGUGUGAGGAAGAUUGUGGUCGGAGCUGGUCGGAAAGGCAUUCACUACGUCAAGUUCGGUUACGACAAGAGCGGACAGCUCGAAGAUGCGCCACUCCACGGAUCUGCAACUGGAGCAUCUUCUCCAACACAGUUUGAAAUCGACCAUCCCGACGAGUAUAUUAUAUCGGUCGUGGGCCACCAUGACGGUGGCAUCAUUCAGGGACUUCAAUUCAAAACCAACAAGAAGGAUUCUCAGGUCUUUGGUUAUGCCGACGGUACUAAGUUCACGCUCGAGGUCAAAGACAAGAAGAUUGUCGGUUUCCAUGGAUUCGCUGACACGACUCUCAAUUCUCUUGGAGCGUACUUUAGACCCAUUUCCUCCUCCUCGUCGUCUUCAAUUGAUAAAGUGGAAGCCCAAGGAG